GCGGUGCGCGAUGUAGAGACGCAGACACACGGGCACGAGCAGAUGAAAAACGCACACACACGGGCACACACACACGGUGGCGAGCUGAUGAAGCACGGGCUCAGUCACACCGAGAAACUUCGCGCGUUUGCAGAUGGAUAAAGUUGAAGACGCGCUGAGACUUUAGUGAUCCUGCCAUCGUCUGGCCUGCGCGCCUAAUUACAAUGAGUGGAAAAGCGGCCCUCAACAAGGCGGUCUUCACACCGAAUGAUGAACGGAUGCUGGCAGCGGUACAGGUAAAGAGACGGACGAAGAAGAAGAUCCCGUUCUUGGCUACAGGAGGUCAGGGUGACUACUCAACAUUCAUUUGUUUAUCAGUGACCAGUAAGAAACCUACACAGGUGUUCAUCACAAAAGUAAAGCAGUUUGAGGGGUCGUCAUCAUUUGUAAGAAGAUCACAGUGGAGCAUCAGUCAGCUGAGAGAAGUGAACGCUCUCGACUCCACCCAAGAUUGUCCAGAGUUUGACCUGGUGUUUGAGAAUGGAUCAGAUCAGUGGACCGCUGGUUCAGCUGGAGAGAAGUCCAUGUUUAUCCAUAUCUUACAUCACACCUGUCAACGCUACAUGUCUGAAAGAAAACCAAACUUUAUCAACUGUCACUUAAGAACAUUGGAAGGUAACAGUGUUCUCCACAGCGCCACUGCCAGUGUAAGCAGUGCCGUACAGAAGGCCAGUCAGGCUCUGAAUGAACGCGGUGAGAGACUGGGACGCGUCGACGAGAAGACGGGCGAGAUGAUGAACAGUGCACAACAUUUCGCUGACACUGCACACAAGCUCGCCAUGAAGCACAAGUGUUAAGAUGUUUUGGGAUGUUUAUGGGAAACUGGUACUUAUUCUCUGUCAGAGACGUUCAGUGGAUUUACAUAAACAGCUAAGAACGUUGAACGGCACACAAAAACAUCUUUCCCUGUUAACACAGGAUUUCUCUUCUUGCUCAUUUUAACAUAAUAAGAGUUUUAAUAAUUGACAUCACAAAAUCAUUUUAGUGUGCAAUUCUUUUGUAAAAGAAAUCUAACAGUGAAUCUCUAAACCUAAAACUUUAUCUUACCUACAUUACAUUCUUUUGUUUUUUUGCUCACUUUGUUGUUAUAAAUAAAAACAUGUUUUGAUAAUUUUAUAUUAUUAUCUGAAUAAACUGACCUUCUAAAUGGAUCAUUUGAAAAUGUAGUAAAUCUUGCACAAGCUGAGCUGUUGAAAUAUCUUCACAUCACCUCAGAGAUCUAUAAACUUCACCGUAUCACUGAUGUCCCCUUCAUACUCUCUCCAACAUACAGUGGAUAUACUCAAAAGAUUGAGACCACAUUAAAAGUCUUUGUUCAGUUGGAUUCUCUUUUGAAAAUAGAGAGACUACUCGUCCAACAUCAGUGGCUGACCUUACAAAUGUGGGUUUAGUAGAAUGGUCAAGCAUUCCCAUAAACACACUCUUAAACCUUGUAGAAAGUCAUCCAAGAAAAGUUGGCCAACUCCAUAUGAAACCCUAUGGAUUAGGAAUUGGAUUUCAUUCAUAUGUAUGUGCAUAUAAAGACGGUGUCCCAAAAAGUUUGGCAAUAUAUUGUAUGUUGUUAAUUACGCAAAUUUACAUCAUGUAAGGAAUCAUUUGAAUUAUUUGAAAAUAAUAAUGCACACCCAAGGUGGUAAUGUGGCAUGACGCAAAGCGGAGAUAUACUGUGGGUGUGCAUUAUUUUCAAAUAAUUUAAAGGACCGGAGUCAAUUAUUCUGCUUAUAACACAGUUACCACAGACAUCGCUCUGGUGGUUAUUUGACAGCUUAGGUGUGCAUUUUACAGAAAAAAAUCAAUACCCAUGAAACAUAUCUCAACCAAUCAGAACAAAGCAUUCAACAGGCUCGUGUGUGGUAUAAACCGUAUUAAUUCAUAGGGCAGUAUCUGGGUUAGGCUGUGUUAGUUUCAGGCAGUUGUUAUCUUGGAAUAAAAUACCUUGAAAUGUUGCAACUGGCCAAUCAGAUCCCAGCAUUUUAGAGUGCCAUGUAAUAAUACGACCCCCCUCAUUAAAACAUGGAGGUCCCCUCAUUCUGUAUUCUGUGGUGCUGCCUGUGACGGUAAUGAUAAUAUCAUUUAUAUUUAAAACAUUGAACAUUAUAAAAUAAAAAACUGAUGCGUUUACACAGGUGUGUGUUUACUUUAAAUCUGUGCUACUAUGUGAUCUUACACUGUAAAUACCCAUUGGCAUUAACACAUCUCCAAGAUCUCUACAGCUGCUUUCUCACAGUUUCUGUUAUCUUAAUAUACACCGUUAUUAAAAUCACUGCUAUAUUUACUUCAUUUUCAGUUAUGGGCCUUCAUAUAAGAACCCAUGAAUGCAAACACAUGGCUCUUAUUAUUAUUUUUAAACAAUUUGACUAAUGAUCCAUUAAAGGGCAGUUUUACCAGACAGGGCUUAAGUUUAAAGCCCAAGACUAAAAGGCUUGUUUGAGCUGUCUUAACUGAUUCAUCUUAUCAGUGCCAUUGUUUUGUCUCAAGAUGCACAUCAGUAUUGUUUUUUGUAAAAACUACAUAAAUGUCUUAAUAUGAGGUCCUGGUCCUGACUUAAUCUAAACCCUGUAUGGGAAACCGCCCCUUAAUGUAUACAAAGGCGACCAAAGUCUUUUGUUAGUUAAGCUUUAGCUCUUAUACUUUCAGACACUUUAAAAUGUCCUUCAUAUUACUUGGUUUAUCUUACUAAAAUGCAAUAAAUGUUUAUGUUUACCUGAAAAAUCCUUGACUUAAGAUAGCAAUGAUCAUGAAAACUGUUACAUACUGUAUAUCUUAAUAUCAUCAGCCUGAUUGAUUGGUUAUUUUAUUUACACAGAUCAUUAAAAUGAAUUAUGAAAUGAUCCCAUAACGCUUAAAAUGUCUACAGUUUUUUAAAUGUUCAUUGUGUUAAAACAAUCCCUGCUUAGAUGGAUCAAAUGCUUAAGCAUUUCAAGGCAAUGACUUGUCUUUUUUACAGUCUGCAUAUGUUUAAAUAAGGGAAUAUUGUCUAACAUUAUUUUAAAAUAUUGUGCCUGUGCUUUUGUGUGCUCAAUGGAAAACUUAAUAGUAAUAAAUGACUUUAACUAAUAA